AUGGGAAAGAGGAAUUUCAGAAAAGGAAAGAACACGGACAAGAAAGGGUUUGGAAGUCGAGGAGCUAACAGAGAGAAUUGGACAGAAACUGUGAAGGAAAAUGAAAGGUGGGAGAAAUACUAUAAGGCAAUGGAAAUUGUUCCUGAAGAAGAAUGGGCAGAUUUUAAAAAACACUGUCAAGAGGCUUUACCGUUAACGUUUAGAAUCACUGGCUCAAGAUCUCAUGCUGCAGAAAUUAAGGACAAUUUUAUUGAAAAUCAUGUGAAGAAGCUUGAAGAUGCAGAAUUUGAAGGUGUAAAACUUACUCCAAAAAACUUGGCUUAUUACCCAAAUCAGUUAGGAUGGCAGUUGAACGUUUCGAAGGCUGUCAUUAGAAAAAAUGAGCAGUUUGCUAAAACGCAACGUUUUCUUGUUAUCGAGACAGAGGUAGGUAACAUUUCACGUCAAGAAGCUGUAUCAAUGAUACCUCCAUUAUUAAUGAAUAUCCAACCUCAUCACUAUGUUCUAGAUAUGUGCGCAGCCCCAGGAUCAAAGACGGCGCAAUUGGUUGAAGCAUUGCAUGCAGACGAGGAGAAAAAUUUGCCAACCGGCUUUGUCCUUGCAAACGAUUCUGAUUAUAAGAGAUCUCAUAUGUUAGUGCAUCAAGUGAAAAGGUUGAACUCCCCAAAUUUCAUUGUCGUAAACCAUGAUGCUCAAUUGUUUCCAAGAAUUAAACUUAACAAUGCAAAUGAAUUUUUGAAAUUUGAUAGAAUUCUAUGUGACGUUCCAUGCUCUGGUGACGGAACUAUGAGAAAAAAUAUUAACGUCUGGAGAGACUUUACUAUUGGAAAUGCUCUAGGAUUACAUUCUCUACAGCUCAAUAUUUUGAAUCGAGGUUUACAAUUAUUGAAGAAAGGUGGCAGACUAGUUUAUUCAACUUGUUCUCUAUCUCCCGUUGAAAAUGAGGCAGUAGUUGCUUCAGCAUUAAGAAAAUGGGGAAAACAGAUUAAACUUGUGGACUGCAGUAACGAUCUCCCGGGUCUAGUGAGGCGCAAUGGGAUCAGUUACUGGAAAGUGUACGGAAAAGAUAUGGAACUUAGAGAGAGAGGUGCCGAGGAUGUACCUGAGAGUGUAUUUCCUCCAAAUGAAGAAGAGAGAACAGAUUUCGCUUUAGAUAGAUGUAUUAGAGUAUACCCUCAUUUGCAAAAUACUGGUGGAUUUUUCAUUGCUGUUUUAGAAAAAACAGAUCCCGAGGGAGCAAAGAGACCGUCUGAGAAGGAGCAGGAAGACUCAUCUAAAAGACGUAAGACCGAAGAAAUCAGAACUAAAGAUGAGUCCAAUGGACAAAUAAAUAAGAAAGAAAAAUUGCCAAGAGAUGCAAAUGAGGAACCUUUUAUUUUUAUUAAUCCCGAACACCCUCAAAUUGCAAAGUGUUGGCCCUUCUAUGAUUUCGACGAUGGCUUUGCUCGUGAUUCCAUCUUAGUUAGAAACGCAACAGGCGAACCCUUAAGAACAAUAUACUAUGUUUCUCCGAUUAUCAAGGAACUAUUGUCAAUAGAAGAACAAAAAUUGAAGAUAAUUCAUGCGGGUAUUAAAUUAUUUGUUGCCCAAAGAAAUGAUUCUGGUGAAUGUCCUUGGAGGGUUCAAAAUGAAUCAUUGCAUACCAUAAAACCAUAUUUAGGAACAAAAAGAAGACUAAGUUGUAACAUGGAGUUGUUGAAAUUCUUAUUUCAAGAGGCAUUUCCAAAGGUUGAAGCAAUAAAGGAAGCUGGGAUUGAUCCAGGGUUCUCCGAAAACCUUAGUCAAGUAUCAGAAGGAUGCGUGUUUGUAACUGUGAAAAGACCAGGCGAUAACUUGGAAGACUUAUUUCUUCCUUUGUGGAAAGGAAAGACUAACGUUAAUUUAAUGGUCAAUAAAAAGGACACACAUGAACUUCUUUAUCGUGUCUUUGGCAUUGAAACAUCUCAAAAAGACGAGGGAAAGGAAGCAAAGCACCAAAAAAGGGUUACAAAUGAAAAAGAAGCUCGCGAUACUCCAGAGGUACAACAAACAACCAAAAGCUAG